AGCCGCGGUAGCUCGGCGGCCACAAGUCAAGCUCUCGGCGCGGCUUUCCUCUGCUCGCUCGCCGCUCGUGCGCCCACCAUGGCCACCAUUCAGGAGUUCGUAGGAAGAUGGCGCUUAGUGGAGAGCAAAGGCUUCGACGAAUACAUGAAGGAAGUAGGAGUGGGAAUGGCUCUGCGAAAAGUAGGUGCAAUGGCCAAACCAGAUUGUAUCAUCACUUCUGAUGGCAAAAACCUCACCAUAAAAACUGAGAGCACUUUGAAAACAUCACAGUUUUCUUGUAACCUGGGAGAGAAGUUUGAAGAAACUACAGCUGAUGGCAGAAAAACUCAGACUGUCUGCAACUUUGCAAAUGGUGCAUUGGUUCAACAUCAGGAAUGGGAUGGAAAGGAAAGCAUAAUAACAAGAAAACUGCAAGAUGGGAAAUUAGUGGUGGAAUGCAUCAUGAACAAUAUCACCUGUACUCGGGUCUAUGAAAAAGUAGAGUAAAAAUUCCAUGAUUAUUUUUUUGGACAGGAAUUAGCUGCAAGGAUGAACAAGCUCAGUUCAAUGAGCAAAUCUUCAUACUGCUUUUUUUCCUUAUUGUGUUCAAUUAUCUUUAUCACAAACAUUUUACAACUAUUUCAAAGUGUUGGUUUACUUAAGAUCAUCCCUUUUGUUAGUAAAUAAAUGUGUUUAUGCUAUA